AUGGCCACCCCCCCCGCCGCGCCCGCCUUCUCCGCCCCCUUCCCGCUCGAAGCCGAACUCUCUUCCUACGCCUCGAGCUUCCCAAGUUUCCUCGCGCCCGUCGGCGGCCUGUUGGAUCGGUUCAACACUGCCCGCGAUGCGCUCAAGUUGCCCGAUCCUGGCAUGGCCGAGGAUUUGGCGCGUGAGGUCAAGAGUGAGUCUGAGCGAGCAUGGUCGAAUUCGACUCCGGAGGGGUGGGUGGUCUUGAGAAUGGGUUGUUGGACGGGUUAACGGGACCGAAUGGGGAGAAAGGACGCUUGCGAAUGACGGAGGGAGCAUCGGAGCGCCCGCCAUCCACCUCGUCCCCCACGUCUCCCAUUCCACUUCGCAGAUCCACGCGCCCAGAAGCACAUUUCAACUCAACGUUCUGUGCUUGUUCCCCGACCAGAUGUGCACUACGCCAACUUUGCCUUUGACGGCGCGCGAGCGGACCUGUCCAAGACGCUGUCCCAGAUGCCCGCCUUCCAGGUUACGCACUCGUUCACAUCCGGAGCCCAGGGGCAGAUGGGGCCCUCACCUGGAACGUACUCGUUCAGGGCCGUGUAUGCGACCAAUGAGGUGCGUUCGGGGAGCGGAUCUUUCGGGAUCGCCGGCUGGGCGAGGCGCAGCGCCAGGAGCGAGACGGAGCGAGCGAGAAACCCCCCUCCACACCCCCCUCCACGAGGAACCAGUACACUGAUCGGAUACACGAACGGCCACCACAGAACCUGAUGCAAGGCUCGAUCGAUAACGAAGGCUCCGUCAACGGCCGACUGAACCACACCUGGUCACCCGCCGCACUCACAAAAAUCGGCAUCAACGUCAGUUUUCAUACCCCGUUCAUCAUUGCCACUCCAAUACCGAGUGCCUGACCCGCACUCCAAACCCACUUUGUACAGCUUCACCCAUCGCCGACGACGCCAUCCAUGUUCACGAUCGAGCACGACCACACCGGCAAAGACUUCACCCUCGGCCUCAAGGCCUACAACCCUUCGCCCGCCGAUCUGACGGGCACCUACAUCGCGCAGUACCUGCAGUCCCUCACACCCCAUUUCGCGCUCGGUGCCGAAGCGCUGUACCAACGACCGACACCCCAGAUCGAAGAGGUCGCGCUCGGGUACAUGGCCAAACUGCAUGACGUCAAGAAGGACCUCUCCGGACAACCCCUCGCCGGAUCAUGGAUCGCCUCGGCGCAAUUGAUGAGCCAAGGCGUGUUGCAAGCGACGUACUGGAAACAGUUGGCCGAACGCGUCGACGCCGCCGUCGAUCUGACCGUGCUUCCUGCCGUGGACCCGUCGCAGAGGAAAGCGAUUGCCACGGCCGGUGUCAAGUACGAUUUCAGGAUGUCGACGUUCCGAGGGCAGGUCGAUUCGGAUGGCAAGGUCGGCGCGUUGUUGGAGCAGAGGCUCAGCCCGUUGUUUGCUUUCUUGAUUUCGGGAGAGAUGGGUAAGCACUUUCGCCAUCUUCGGCCCGUUCUUUUGGCUCGAGUUUCCAGCUUUUGGUGGGAGGUAGUCCCAGAUUGGGACGUUGUGGCUGACCGAAUUUAUCUUCCCACAUGGUCCGCCUUUCAGAUCACAAGACGAACAAGUCCAAGUUCGGUCUCGGUAUCAUGGUCGAGUCCGCAUCGGAGGAGACGAUCGCCGCGGCCGAAGCCGCCGCACAGGCCGCAGCCCAAGCUCAGGGUCGACCCAUGUAA